UCUUCACUAUAGAAUAUACAAGCAGCAAACGCGACGUAAAAGCUCAUUGGUUUCCAUAAUCCUUGAGAGAGAGUUCAUCUUGUUCAUCCAACCGUCUAUUUUUAUGGUACUAGGAUCAUACAUGAGAGAGGGAUUUUUACGACCAUAAGCAACAUGAAUAACAACGAGUCAUUUAGCCAGGUUGUCGUAAUGGUUACUGAUAGUCCUUGAAAUUGUUGAUCGCUUUCAGGUUUCAAAGUACUCGAUGAAACAUCAAUCUAUCGGGCGCCAAUACAGCCCAUAUCGUUGUCGAUUACUUCGAUCUCGAUUUAUGUCCCUCUUUUACCACGUGACAACGCAUCAACGAAGCCGACAAGUACGGUGCAUGUUUGUGUUUUACUUAAAGUAUGACGAUUGCUAUAGUCAUGAGAAUAGAUAGAAGAAUAAGAAAUCCACCGGUUGCUUACAUU